CACACACACAUUACGGAAGCGUUGCUGCAGUUCACGGUUUACAACAAACUGUUUGUUAUUCUGUGAUCUACGAACUGGAUUAGGAUUCAUGCGCAAUGAUACUCUUCUGUUGCAGAAGUGAACUUUAAAAUAGUAAAAUGAAGUGUCUUCUGGUGGCCAAUGAGAGCGCAGAGGUUCUGUUCUACUGGACUGACACCGAGUUUGAGCAGCGGGUUCAGGGGCAGUAUGGAGUUUCCCAGGAGGAAGGAGAACGGCUGCCUGCAUUUGAGGACAGCAUUAACACUCUCUUCGCACCCAUCAUCAUCUCCUGUAGCACCAUGGUGGACCGGCUCGGGGAAAAUUACACCUCCUUCAGUACAGAAAACAAUCAUAUCUAUGUUCUGCAUCAGUUUGAGGAAUGUCUGUACAUUGCUGUGAAUGGAGACGGAGAUGAGACCGAAGAGGAUUUGAAGAGGAAGAUCUUUGUGAUGAAGAAACUCACAGAAAUCAUGUUUGGCAUGGUGACGUUGAGUGGUUCCCUCUUGAGGAAAGAAUUGCGUCCUCAAGAUACAGAGCAAAGGAACCGCUUAUGGAAGAAGCUACGAAGCCUCUUGGAAACAUACAGCCGCUUGCGAGAGAAUGACCAAAGCUUUUUAGUAGAGGCGGUGGAAAGGUUGAUCCACCCGACCCUUUGUGAGCAGUGCAUUGAGUUUCUAGAGCGUCGUCUGGUGCAGCAGAUCAACAGCAACAUGGACAGAAUGGGCGAGGAGGUGCUGCACGCUUUCAUACUGGUGCACACCAAACUGCUGGCCUUCUACUCCAGUCGAAAUGCCAGCAAUCUUUACUCCUCUGAUCUCCUGGCUCUGAUCAUCCUGGUGCAGGAUCUCUAUCCCAGCAAAAUCAACCUAGAUGACACUUCUGAGGAGUUAGAAAGCAGUUCAGUUCCUGAGGCUUUCUACACACCUGAGCCCUCUCCUCCUGAACGGGAAUCAGUCCGACAAAGAAGUGACAGUCCACCUGUCUUCCAGUUUGUUGAUCCUGACGUUCAGAUGGCAGAGGACAGUCUGCAAACUCUUGAAGCUCCAAUCCCUGACCCUUCAGCCCCAUAUAGGGUAUUCCUGGAAGCCAAAGAGUGUCCCAUGCCUCACUCCAUGUAUUGCCUACCCCUCUGGCCGGGAAUAACUCUAGUGCUGCUUACCAAGAUUCCCAACAGUCAUGUGGCAACAUCUGUAUGCUACUUCCUGGAAGCUUUCGUGAAGUUAGAGAAGAGGUUAUGUGAGGGCCACGAAGGGGCUGCGGCCAUGCGGGGUCAGCCCUCUGUCCAGGAGCAGCGGAGCAGACUGGAGAAGUUAAUCAAAACCUGGGCCGGCAUGGACAUUCAGACCUCCCAACUUCAAAAUGCGUGGACAGACUUUAAGAACAAGGCGUUCAGCAGAUCAGGAUCUGGAUUCACAAGAGAUUUGCUGCCCUCUUGUCGAAACAUGAAGACUCAGUUGUGUGGAGUGUACAGGCAGUUUUUUGCAGCUGAUUGCAUGGGCAGUCAGCGAUUGGCUCCUCAUCUUCAAGAACGAGCUCUGAGCAUGGUCCAAGAGAAGUUAAUGGACUGGAAGGAUUUUCUGCUGGUGAAAAGCAAAAGAAACAUCACAAUGGUGUCAUACUUGGAAGAGUUUCCAGGUCUCAUCCACUUUAUCUACGUGGAUCGUUCAAAUGGUCAGAUGAUUGCACCCUCCCUAAAUGUGACCGAUCGCACCGUCUCCGAGCUCGGAAAGGGACCACUAGCUGACUUUGUAAAGAAAAAGGUUUGGAGUCUUGUUGCAACAGCACAGCGCUAUCUGCAAAAGGGUUACGCCACCGUGACGCUCCGGGAUGGGGAUUAUUUCUACUGCUACUUCCUGUGGUUUGAAAAUGAAACGGGUUACAAACUGGAAGUGAUAGACAUACCCAGCUCCCCAGAUGAUAGUGCUCCAGUAGGAAUGCUCACCUGUGAUUAUUACAGGAAGCUGCUGCGGUAUUACAGCAAAAAACAUCAGAAUGAUGUGGUGAAGUGUUAUGAACUGUUUACUGUGCAUCUGGGUGUGAUCCCCAAUGAAUAUAUUCUUCAGCACUGCAGUCAGCUGGCCCGUAAACUGUGGGAGCCCACCCGUAUCCCACUCCUGUGACCCACACGGCCCUCAAAGGAUUAUGGUCCAUGCAGCAGUGUUCACUUUAUUCAUGAUCUGUAACCUACGUGGAGAGUUUUCUAAACUUUCUGCACAAGCACUUCAUUUUUUUUUUAAGUAAUUGCAGAAAAUAUUGUGUCAGUAACCAAACACUGCCCUUCUUGUACUUGCAAUGAAACUGAGUGUAAUGUGCAAGUGAACGUUCUUAAGGUGCUUAUAAUGCAGAAAUAUGUCUGCUAUUAACAGAUUAUUUUUGUAAAACCAGGACCAAAUAAUAAAAGAGAGCACUCCUUUUAAAAAUGUCAUUACCCAGAUUUGAUCAGGUAUCUGGUUUAGCAAUGUUAGUUAGCAGAUUUACAAAACUGUAUUUGAAAAAAUAAUUGAAAGUACAGUCUUAAUAAAUAAGUAUUAAAAGUAUAAUAAAUAAAGAUAAAGCUGAAAUGUACAAUUUAAGUCUUAAGCAUUCUUAAAGUUUGUAGUUUUGUGUAUUUUUUGCGACUUUGGUGCCCCCUGUAGUUAAAUAAGUGUAAUUCACUGUCGGAAUUGCACGUUUUUUUUGUGUGUGUGCCAUAAAGCAAUCCGCCCUUUCGCGGAAUUCCGCAACCGAAGAAUAAACAAAAGAGCGUAGGAAUAAUAAUAAUAAUUUAGCCAUUCGCCUCCUCAUUAGAAGUAAGUGAAGCAUCAGAAUGAUUUUGAAACUAAUAUUUCAAAGUAAAAAAUAAAUAAAAAAUACGUACACUUGAUUCAAGGAAAUAAUUUUAAUUUAUUUAUGCAGCAGUCAUAAAUAGCGAUUUCUGUCCUUCACACAGCUUUUUUUUAUCCUCUGCACUUAUGAAAAAAUAUGAUAUUUCACUGAACUGAUUGUUAUUACUAACAGGAAUAUGGCAUUUAUAUUUUGUUAUCAUAUUGCUUGUAUUUAUACAUAAUGUUCUGAUAAAAAGUUUUUACAAACUAUGUCAUCAGUUUUCGAAAGAAAAAUAAAUAGUAAAUAAUCAUUUAUUAAGAUAAACUCUUUUGUCAUCCUUUAUUAAGCUGUAUUUAAACAAGCUAUAAUGGUAGCUUUGGUUUUAAAAGUCAUUUUCACUUGUUUUAAAAUGCCUUUGUAUUUUAUUGUAUGCUAUGUCAAUGUUGUAUUUUACCCAAAAAUGGCAGUUUUGAAACAUUUUAGAAUUAUACAUCGAAAUGAUGAGAUUGAUCCUAUUGUUUUUUUUACAUUAAAGGUUGCCUGUUUAAGUCCA